AUGGAUGAUUUCGAGAAGCCGUCCAAGAGUAACGUCUUAUGCAGCAACUGGAUGAAGUGGAAGCAACCUGUUAUAUGCGUAAAUGUACUUACUGGUGCUUUGGCCAUUCGAGAGCUCCCUCCAAAGAAGUUUUGCUGGCAUGGAUUCGUUCUGGGGAAAACAGCCGAAGCCGGUUUUGGGAAUGAGAUGUACAAGAUCUUAACUUAUGCGGCAUUGAGCAUAAUGUUGAACCGAUCCUUGAUCAUUGGCCAGACCAGGGGAAAGUAUCCGUUUGGUGAUUACAUUGCUUACUCCAAUGCCACCUUUACCAUGAGUGAAGUGAAGCAUCUCUGGAGACAAAAAGGCUGUCUGAAGAAAUACGGAAGGCGGCUUGUCGUGAGAAUGGAUGAUUUCGAGAAGCCGUCCAAGAGUAACGUCUUAUGCAGCAACUGGAUGAAGUGGAAGCAACCUGUUAUAUGGUUUCAAGGUACAACCGACGCAGUGGCGGCUCAGUUUUUCCUGAAGAAUGUGCAUAAAGAGAUGAGGGUUGCAGCCUUUGAGCUAUUCGGAGAAUCGGGAAAACUUGAAACGAGGGCUAAUGUGUUUGGUGAGCUGAUGAUGGCACUCAUAUCUCCGACGGAAGAUGUUAAUGAAGCAGUGAAUUGGGUUCUACGAGAAACCGGGGAUCCUGAUGUUUCAUUGCACAUGAGAAUGCUUAAUAACAGACCGGUUAGAGCUUUAAGGGCAGCGAUGAGAUGCCUUGGCAAAGCAAUCCGCCGUUCGGGUGUGUCAAACCCUAGAGUGGCUAUAGUAUCAGAUACUCCAUCAGUUGUGAAUGCCAUUGAUCCCAAUAUACGAUCGUUUAAUGCAUUUGACGAUCCACACAAAUGCAACCAAAACGUUUUUUUUUAUAACGGAGGACCCCUAACUGCUACCAUUUGGACGCGCUGA